AAGUGACGGCCAUAUUUGCCGGUGCUGCUCUGCUGUAAACAAAAAGUGUCUGUGAGACGGACGCUUCGCCGAAUUUAGGGACAUUUUUAUUUCUGUAAUUUAAUAUGUCUUUAGGAAUGUCUUACAAACCUAACCCCCACCAGCACAUUCCAGGAACUUCUGGGAACCAAGCUGGGAACAUCCCCUCUCCCUCUUCAAACAUCUCAAUGGUUCAGUCUUAUAGACCAAUAAUAAAUGAUUUUGGACCACCAUCAUUGGGAUUCUUACAGGGGCCGAAUGGGACUCAACCGCCCCAGAGCAAAUAUGCAGAACUCCUUGCUAUCAUUGAAGAGCUUGGGAAAGAAAUAAGGCCGACGUAUGCUGGAAGUAAAAGCGCCAUGGAGCGCCUCAAAAGAGGUAUAAUUCAUGCAAGAGGACUCGUACGAGAGUGCCUGGCGGAGACUGAAAGAAAUGCAAGAUCUUAGCCACGGAAACCUGACUCUCAUCAAAGAGCAGAGGAAUUCUUUACUACUCUCACACAGGAGUGCUGCAUGGCUUUCCCACAACAGAGGGAUGAAACAAUCAAAAAAAUUAUGCUUUGAGUAUUGUAGUUAAGUCAUGGGUUGGAGGCAUUGCAACAUUCAUCGUCUAUUCGAUGAAUGCUUAAGAGAUGUUGAAUUUAUGAGUGUUGCCAUUUGAAGUUUUCUUUCUCUUAUUUCUAUUAUUAUACAUAUAUAUUUUGCCACAUAGCAUCUUUAAGAACAAACAAGUGAAACUGCAUGCAAAGGACAGAUGGACCAGAGUUUGAAAGUGCAUGGCUUUUACAGGUUUAUAGUAGAGAUGUCCUCUUUCAUAAAAUUUGAUGGGAUCAAGCUAUUGGUCUUUUUUUUGUUCAUAAUUGGGAUUUACUGAGGGUAGUUGUAGUUAUACCAUUAUGUUAGUCUUUUUU